UACUUGGACAUUUUUAUUGCAACAUACAUAAGCAACACUUUAAUUAUAGUGUUUCAAAGUUGUACCGUAUGCAGGUACAUUGUAAAUCGUUUGUUGUUUUCCGUUUUCCAGUUAUAAUCUAUUCGUCUUUAAGCAAAGAGUGAACGUUGUUUACGUAUGCAAUGGGGUCGAAGGUCAAUGAAACAGGAAAUGCAGAUGGUGAAUGUUAUUUGCGUGUUACUUUGCACCUGUUUUCCGGAAGACCACCUCCACAAUGGGACAUUGGUCGUCAAAAUAGAAACUUUGAUCGCAUUCUAAGUGAAGUGACUGGUCACAAUUCCACAGCACUUGCACCUAUACUCGGAUACAGUGGGUUUACGGUUGAGGAAUUUGGUGAUGGUGUGUUGAGACGAAGUUUGGAUGUUGGGAGAUGUACAAGACCUGAAUUUGAAUUGCUAUUAUUGGAAACUGUGGAAGAUAUGCCACCUGUAGGAGCAAGUCAGCCACUUAGGAACUCUACUUUGCAAUAUGUGAGGGAACCAAUACAGUCUUGUAUUAGAAAUUAAAGAAUAAUCGGACACGUCAAAUAUAUACGACAAAGCUACAUUCUACGAAUUUAUGGUUCACUCUAAAAUAAAAUUAAUGUUUUU